AUGCCGAUCUUCCCAAUAGAACGUUCUAUCACCGUGAAAGGCCUGUCUGUGAGAAGGAAGCAGAUCCCAAUCUGCCCCGCUUUCUGUCUCACCGAUUACAAAGUGCAAGGCUCGACUCUCUCUGCCGCGAUCCUAGACCUAAAAAACGGCACAGCCCGACGAGGACAAGAUUCUCACCGGAAGUACUGCUCCCUUUACGUUCAACUUUCCAGGCUGCAGUCUUUCCAUGGUCUCCAUUUACUCGAGAAGAUUAGUUUUGAUGAUCUCCGCUUCUCUCCCGAUCCCGACCUUAUCGUGGAAAUGGAUAGACUGCGUGCUUUAGAAGCCAAAACACUUGCGGCUUGGGCGUGA